AUGAAGUUCUCCGGCCUUUUCACCCUGGCUCUUGCCACUGCUGCUAUUGCUACCCCGGCCAAGCGUGCCGACUCUGCUGCCGACAUCAUCGACAACAUCUCUGCUGAGGUCGACAAGUUCGAUGCCGCUGUCAGCGCCUACAAGGGCGGCCCUGCCGAUAAGACCCUCGCUGCCUCUGACGAGCUCAUCAAGGUCAUCAAGAGCUCCGUCGAGCAGGUCAACAGCGGCCCCGACCUCUCCAACUCCGACGCCCUGGCUCUCACCAGCCCCGUCCAGGACCUGACCGACAAGGUCGAGGGUGUCGUCGAGAAGGUCAUCUCCGCCAAGUCCGAGGUCGUCAAGGCCGGUGACGGUGGCAAGGUCAAG